AUUUGGGAGCCACGCUCUGUCUCUGUGGGGUGAUUCUCACCGUCAGUGAUUCUCACCGUUGAGCUGAGUGGGUUUUUCUCAAAGACAUCUGAGGUCAACUGCUCAUUUCUCUCUUUUAUCCUCAGUCGAUAUACGAAACAAGUGUCAGGAACCAACGGAAUUACAACCAGAUUUGACGAUUUCAACCAACUCAAUGUCAUUUUUAUGUAUCCUAUAAAGUAACCAUCUGUAUUAUUUUGAGGUUUAAUUGAAGUUUUGUGGGUAAGCUGUAGACGUGAAUGUGAAGCUAGUUGUCUGACUGGUUCGGUGCGAGGUUGUUUACAUGUAGACAGGGGUGCGCAGCGUGAGGACGUGCGAGCUCCGAGAGCAGUUGACAGGUUCACUGUCGCCGAAGUUGGUGUUCUUCUGUCGAACGGGAAAGGAAAACUACGACAAAUAUUAGAUUCAGUGUUUUUUUUAAAGAGAAUUUGGUUAUUUUCCCUUUUACCUUUGAAUAAUGUGUGAAAUGUAGCUGGAAUGAACCGGAGUGAUUAAUCCUGGAACCAAGGGAGAAGGAGAGCGAGAGGGAUAUUUCACCAGGGGUUUGGUAAGCUCUUCUCCUGAACAUGAAGGAGAAAAGUCGGGAUCAGAGCUUUUCUGACUCGAGGGAACUAGACGGGUCUUAUGAUCCGCUCACAGGUAACCCAGCAUCCAACCACAUCAAGCGAACUAUAAAACAGAGGUUCCUCAAGCUGCUGCCCUGCUGUCGCUCCAGAACCGCCCCCUCACUCAGUCAAAACAGUGUAGUGGAGGAUGGGGAGUUAUCUACAGUGUGUUAUAGACCAGAGGGGUUGGACCAGCUACUACAACAGACUAAGUUCACCAGGAGAGAACUACAGAUCCUCUACAGGGGCUUCAAGAAUGAAUGCCCUAGUGGUGUGGUGGAUGAAGAGACAUUCAAGUUAAUCUAUUCCCAGUUCUUUCCUCAGGGAGACUCCAGCACCUACGCUCAUUUUCUGUUCGAAGCAUUUGACACCCACAAGAAUGGUUCUGUGAGCUUCGAAGACUUCAUCACAGGCCUGUCAAUCAUCCUGAGAGGCUCUGUCACAGAGAAACUCAACUGGGCUUUUAACCUCUACGACCUCAACAAAGAUGGCUUCAUCACCAAAGAGGAGAUGACUGAUAUAAUGAGCUCUAUCUAUGAUAUGAUGGGGACGUGUACGUACCCCUGUAUGCAGGACGACGCCCCCAAGGAGCACGUCGACAACUUCUUCCAGAAAAUGGACAAGAACAAAGAUGGCGUGGUCACCAUUGAGGAAUUUCUGGAGUCUUGUCAAAAGGAUGAGAACAUCAUGCAGUCCAUGCAUCUGUUUGACAACGUCAUUUAGUGAUACUUCCUGUGGGUGUGGCCUAAAGGACAGGGUUCCCAUAUUUAGCUCCACAGCCUCCACCCCCAGCUCCCCUUAUCCCCAAACACAGACUCAUUAGGGCUGUCAGGGGGGUAAAAGGUACCCCUCCAUGGAUCUCCACUCUCCCAUCCAUCCCCCCCAAAAGAGACACCCCUACCUGGGAAGAUCAUACAACAGUUAGGUGUGCAAUAGGUACACCUCCAUGGGUCUCCACUCUCCCAUCCACCUCUAGCCCAUCUCUGACCCCCAAAAGAGACACCUCUACCUGGGAAGGUCGGUCAACAGUUAGGGGCUCAAGAGCCACGCCAUGUUGGAGACCAUAGCACUCAUUCUAUAUGACAUCACAUUCACACUAUGCAAUAAUGUCAUUUAUUCUCUAUUAAUAGUUGGACAAAAUGGUGGACUCUUAUUCUUCUAAGGAUAAAAGGCUUUAAAUCAGGCAAUAAUCUCAUUGCCUGGUCUGAACUUGUUAACUGUGAUAUAUUAUUAUCAAUCAACAAACGUUCCAGAAUGUUCCAUCUCUCAAUGUUCUGGAAUGGAAUCCCCUGGCUGACGGAAUUACCCACAACCGUCCAAACAUCCAUAUUGUGUCCUAUUCACCUCAUUUUCAACAGAAAUAUGGGUGGGGUCUGUUUAGGUUUUUUUGUGGGUGACUUCCGGUUAAGAGCUUCCGGCCAAUAGUUGGGAGCUAGCUAGCUAACUAACUCAGUAUCGCUUCUCACAACUUUCCAAACAUGGAUUCACAUAAAUGGUUAUUUUAUGUUCUGUAAGGGGUUGCCACGGUAACUGUCAGAAACAGAAGUUGUUCAUAGAGCAGGAGUGUUUUGAACACCAAGCGUUUUUGAGGAGCGAGUGCAGUCGUGAGGCACCUUUUGAUUUGCACCCACCUCCUAAGGACGAGGAGUCUCUUCAGCUUUGGCGCAAAGCAUUGAAAAGAUGCUGUAAAGAGGUCAAUGGAACUCGACCAAAACAAUCAAAUUGCCAUGGAAACGCGUGGGGGAAAGAUCCCAAAUCUCCUCAUUGCCCCCCAGCAAAAUGAACCUACAUUUAGGUAUUAUUUACAGUAUAGAGUAUGUGAGUAUGUGUACUAUCUUGUGGUAGAAAUCAGAAUAUAAUGCUUGUAUGGAUGUCAACCACAGGAGGUUGGUGGCACCUUAAUUGGGGAGGACGGGCUCAUAGUAUUGGCUGAAGCGAAAUCGUUGGAAUGGUAUCAAAUGCAUCAAACACAUGGUUUCCAUGUGAUUGAUGCCAUUCCAUUUGCUCCGUUCCAGCCUUUAUUAUGAGCCGUCCUGCCCUCAGCAGCCUCCUGUCAUGUCAACCCCAAUGUUCAGGUCAUCAUCACCAACUAACUACUUUACAGUGAAAAAUGAUUGACUACCGCCACCCAUUUCUGUAUGCUAGCUAUGCUACCAGCUUAUAUGAAGGGGAGUUAGCAUUUAGCAGUCACUCCUUCUAAACCUGAAAAGGUACAACUCCUAAAUGAUGCAGCAAAAACAGCCAAAUAUAUUCAAAUCAGGCUUAACCACAUAACCACAUUGAGAGCCUGUUUAGAAUGCAUCACUCAUGAUGGAUUGAUGAAUAUACACUGUCUUACAUCAGAUAUGUUGAAUGUGCCCCAAUCCGGCGUCCCUCUUAUAUCCCCCCCAGUCUGCGUUCCUUUGGCCUCUUUACAGUAUCUAUAGUGUCUGCAUGAUGUGUGUUUUAAAAAUGACAAUGAAUAAUAUUUGAUGUAACUGGUUGUCUGUCUAGGUGCUGGACAUUGGUCCUUCUGAAAGUGUCUGUGUAUAUUUUGUACUGAUGAUGAUGAUCAGCAUGAUGUGAUGAUAAUGAUGGAAGUGAAUAAACCACUGUUGCUAUGCAAACAAAUGUAAAUGUUUUAU